AUGAUCAUUUUACAAAUUUAUGUGCAUUUACUUAAAUUAUCAUCAUUAUCACUAAUCUUCAUUUUACUAGUAUCUUCUACUAAUUUAUCUUAUCCUACAAAUUCUGUUAAGAGUUUAUUGCCUAGACAAAAUAUCAUUUCUCCAGAAGAUCACUUAAUUAAAAUUAUUUCUAAUAAUUCUAUAAAUUAUGGUUGUGAUUUUAAUCAACUACAGUUUUGUUCAUAUGAGCAUUCAUCUGAUUGGAGUUUUCAGUUAAGUUUAACAGAAUUUGCUUUAAAAAUGAAAGAGGCAGCUGAAACAGCUGCUAAAGUUGUUCAAAAUUUUCAAGAAACAUUGUCACAAAACAAUAAUACCAACAAUACCACAAGGACCCAG